AUGAGUGGCGAUCAACGUCAGUAUUCCCAUAUCUUGUUCCUCUUUCGUUCUCUGACCUCAUUAACAGCCCUUCCAUCGUUUGAAAGAAUUUGGGCCAAGCUCUCCCGGGUCGUUGUCAAGGGUGUUGAUUCUAACUCCCCUGAAUAUCAGCCCUAUCUGAAAUGUUUGCAAGAGACCUGGGUGGACCUUCUCAACCACAUCUAUACACUAUUGGACGUCGGAAAGUCUGUUGUUGCGUUUAUUGUAUCUGAAAGAAUGAAAGGCCUAAAGUGA